AUGAAGUUCAACGGUGCUUCCCGGCGGAGCCACAGACAUUUUGUUGCCAUUGCAACACUUAUAUUCUCGACGCUCGCCAUGUCGACUCCUGGGCCUGUCUCCAAUGGCCAAGAUGGCGAACAGAGAGUUAUCAGUGACGGAGCAAAAGAUGAGACCCAGACAUCUCGGGAAAAAAGCAGUGAUAAAGAAGGGACAAUCAGUGGCUUCAACCCUCCAGACUUUGAACUUCGCAUUCUGGCCCUUGGUGAUUCCAUCACUUAUGGGCAGGGCUCAAGCCAUGGCAAUGGAUACCGCAAAUACCUCCGAGACUCCCUCCGGCAGGCAGGCUACAAAGUCAACAUGGUCGGCAGCAAGCAGCACGGCCUCAUGAACAACAACCAAGUCGGGGCACGCGACAAGAUGGACCAAGUCGCCACCAUCCACGGAUUAUCUAAGCACUCGGUCAAGUACCAGCCCAACGUCAUCCUCAUCCACGCCGGCACCUUCGACACCCUCAUGCAAAAUGAUCUCUACGAGACAGAAUACAACUAUUCCAUGCCAGCAUUCGGGUCAGGGUCAUCACCCUGGAUCGGCGGCAUCUACCAGCGAUACGCCGGGAUGGUUGUUGCCGAUCAUCUUUGGGUUCUCGAGCCUGAACGGCCCCAGAAGAUUGUGCUCGCAGAUAUGUGGGCGGUCGGCAUCGGAGCAGCAGAAUUCGAGGUGAUGGGUCGGCAUGAUUUCAGGUCGGAUGGGAUCCACCCCAACGAUUCUGGAUACGAGAAGAUGGCGAGUAUCUUCUUACGGGCGAUUAUCGGUCCCGGUGAAAGUGGCUUUCUUUCCCCGCCGAGAGAUUCGGAGCAUGUGGAAGACAUGGCGGAAACUUACGGUGACGACCUUGACACCUUCACUGUCGAGGCGCAGGUCCCGUCACCACUAACUGACGAGAAUGUGAUGAUAUAUAUGGCAGCACGGGCAACGGAUAUGAGGGGCACGGGGGGGCAAAACUCCAGAUGA